GAGUGGGCCACCAGUAUGCUACAAAGGACGCUGGAUGAUGGUGAGGAGAGCCAAAAGGCAGCCGCUUCGCUCACAGGACUUACAUUAGGAUGAAUGGAGUUUUUUUGCGUAACGUUAAGGCGAUGGAUUUCCCUGUACUGAAUCACCCUUUUGGCGCGAUGUCAAAUUCCGGAAGACGGACCUAACAUAACAUGAGGAAUUGUUUUCGGAAUUCACAGGAUUCCGACUUGUUCAACAACACAGAGAGGCUUCACAUCCCUGGAGAUACUGGUUCGUUACAUCAGUUUGAAAUGUCCGACUUCCACAACCGAAGCCAAACCAACGCACGUCGCAGUGACUACGUGUGGCAGUAUGAAUAUUAUGACGACGAAGAGCCCGUGUCUUUUGAGGGACUCAAAGCGCACAGAUACUCCAUCGUCAUCGGCUUCUGGGUUGGACUAGCUGUGUUUGUUAUAUUCAUGUUUUUUGUCCUCACGCUUCUCACAAAGACAGGAGCGCCACAUCAAGAAAACCCCGACUCUGCGGAGAAGCGCCAUCGACCAGGCAGUUGUCUGGUAGACAUCGGCAGUCCCCAGGACGAAAGCGACAAAGCCUUCUCCCGACCCUUGCUAGCGGAGUCACGCACAUAUUUUCAUUUCUACAUAAACGAGGAGGAUCAGGGGAAGCAGAAACCAGAGGAGGAGAGAGACGGAAAGCACAGCGGGGCUCGAGCGCAGCGGGGGGGCCGAGGGGUCGGCUCCUCGGGGGUGGACGAGAUGGAAGAAGAGGUUGAGGAAGCUACGGGACACAAACCUAUCAACGGACUAAUGGAAGAGAGUAAUACGGACAGGGAAUGUGCCUUCUUUUCCCAUUUCAACAUCCCUAACUUUGUGAACUUGGAGCACAGCUCAACUCUUGGAGACGAUGAUCUGCUGUAUGAGCCGUCUGCCAUACUGGAGCGCCAGUCUCACUCUCAUGAUGCUCACUGUGACAUCCACUAAGUGUGUUUAUACAAAAUACAUGGCAUGGACAUAUUAUUAUUGUAAUGUGUGUAUUCCUUUUGCCUGGCCAUUUGUGAUGUGACAGGUAGAAUCACACACACCUCUCACAGCUGCCUUUUAGAGUUGUUAUCAACAACAGGGUACAAAAGAUGGCUCACAAACCCAAUGCGAGGCGUACUUCACAUUUAUGCGAUGACAUUUCUCAGAUGAAAUGGUCUUACAAACAGUACCUUUCACUUUGAGUACUAGGCUCCUUUGAAUUAGACGCGGCUGUAUUGAACCAGGACUACAGAUCUUUUUACAGAGAAAUGAAAAGACAGUGGCUCACCGAGCAGAGACGUUUGGUACAAUAUAUUCUGCUAUUAAUGCUGUCUUGCUUUCUUGUUCGAUUGUGAAGAAUGAACACAAAACACAAAUGCCUGGUUGUCUACCAAGAUUAAAAGCAUGGAAUUUGUAUUCUGGGAAGCGCACUUUAUUAGAAAAGGUAAAGUGUACUUCAACAUUAUGAAUAGUAGCAAAACAAUUGUUAUAUAUCACUAUUAGAAGGUAGUUAACCCGUGACCUUUUACAUGUGAUAUAACACUUUUGUACACCUCAUUACAUGAUAAAUGAUUUGUGUUUCUCAAAAUAAAGCCUAAAUGGGUUUAAAUAUUCGACUCAACACUGGUGCUUAAACACCAAGGCCAACUGCAAAAGGUAGCAAUAUCCAUGAGAGGAUCAAUCUGAUUAACUACCUGCCAAACGAAACAGAGAAAAUAAACAACCAGCCGGUAAAGACAAGAUACAAAACUAAAAGAAAAAAUGCUAACUUUUGCUACAAACGUUUUGGUUACAAUACAAUACAAUACUGUGGUAGUGUGUUUAGUGCUGCCCCCAUGUGGCAAAAAAAACGAUUAGCCAGGUUUAAUUUAUACUUUUGAGUAUUCUGAUGAACGUCUCGUAAAAUAUCUGUAUAAGUAUGAACACUGAAGUUUGGAAAUGUCUGUAAGAUGUGUUGGAUAUAUUUUCAAUGUGGGAGAUUUGAGAAGAAAUUAGACAAAAAAACACAAGCAGUGCUCCCCUGUUGGAUCUUAAUUCAUGAAGCAAUCUCCU